AUGCCAAAACAACUUGUAAUUGCCUCCACACCAUUGGCCGAGUGGGCCCUGUUGCCCAAACAUGAGAAACAAGAAAUCCCGGAACGAGUCGGCUUUAUGAUCCGUCAAGAAGAAGGGGAUUACAAAUGCAUUGAUUAUCUCGUAGCCUUCAAGGAGAUUUGUAGACUCGCCGCCAAACCAGUCGAUGAAGAUUGCCGGGUCAAAAUGUGCGAAUGGUGUUAUCAGGUGGUCGACUUUUGCAAGUUCCGUCGAGAGACUGUCGGAAUUGGCAUGUCGUAUCUGGACAGAUACUUGUGUUCUAGAAAGGGGAGACGCUCCUUGAGUGAUCGCAAGGAAUACCAAUUGGUGGCCAUGACCUGUUUGUACAUUGCCAUUAAGAUUCACGAACCUUUGGAAAUGGAGACCUCGCUGUUGGCGGACCUUAGUCGAGGAUGUUACACUGAAAUGGAAUUUGCCAACAUGGAAAAGAAGAUUCUAGAAGCCUUGGUUUGGAGAGUUAGUGGUCCAACACCAUUGGGUUUUGCACAGAAUCUCUUGUUGUUCCUUCCAGAGACCGUCCACAGUGCGGUCCGGGGUGCUAUCUUUGACUACGCACGCUACCAAACUGAAUUGGCCAUUGCGGAUCAUUACUUUGUCAAGAUAAAGCCAUCUCUAACGGGUAUGGCGGCUGUGAUGAAUGCCAUGGAGGGUAUGGAUACUUCACUUUUGUCAGCCAAGUUCCAAUCCAAGUUUAUCCAUACCGUCACCAAGUACACAGAAAUCGAUAUGAAAGAAGUCGAGCAUAUUCAAGACCGAUUGAGUAAGAUUAUGCUGGCUUUGCUAAAUGAUGAACAAAAGAAGAAGAUGGAGGCAUUGAUCGAUCUUGAAGAUGAAGAAGAGGAGGAGGAAUAUGCACGAAGGUCUCGACACAGCAAGUCUCGCAGUCGGUCUCCCUUUAGUAGUCCAGAAGUGGGGGCAUCACGAAAAGUCAUGAGAUCCCCUAGGGGAAGCAGUCACAAGUCACCCACUCGGAGUGGUAGCCGGCACAAGAGUUCAUCCUCUUCAGUGGACCAAUAG